UAUGGCAUUUACUUCUGGGAUUAUUUUGCCUCCACAAAUAUGUCUGCCAGGAUUUACAUCCAGAGUGACUGGAGCCAGAGCUUGAGGAAGGCUGAAGGAGAGGCCUGGGUCUCGUGCAAGAUUGCAGAUAAACCCACCAUCUACGGCAGCCUGAAGUGCGACAGAAUUGGUCCAGAUGGAAUUCCUCAAAUUACCUCCACAGAAGAGUUCAGCGUUCGCGGGAUUACAAAGAAGAGUCUCCUCGUCUCCUGUCCAGCGGAGAACGUGACCAGCAGAUUUCUGGCUCCGUAUACCAGCUUCUCCAGGGUCCAUGAGAAAAGUGUCACAUGCCUGGACGUCUCUAGUGGAGGUGGUCUCGGGGUCUCCACCAGCACAGAUGGGUCUAUGAAGAUUUGGCAGACCAAUAAUGGAGAGACGAGAAGAGUUUUGGAAGGACACGUCUAUGAUGUGAAUUGCUGCAUGUUCUUCCCAUCCGGUAUGGUAGUGCUAAGUGGCGGGAUGGAUGCUCAGGUGAAGAUUUGGUCUGUAGAAGAUGCCAGCUGUCCAGUCACAUUUAAAGGACAUAAGGGAGGGAUCCUGGACCUGGCUGUGGUGGAUCGUGGGAGGAAUGUUGUGUCCUGCUCCCGGGACGGUACAGCCAGAUUAUGGGACUGUGGCAGAUCCUCAUGCCUGGCCGUGGUGGCAGACUGUGGUGUUCCUAUUAAUGGAUUAUCUCUAGGAUUGGCCGAUAACACGGUCAAUCUGGGAGCCCCAGAGACGACCCCUAGUGACCGGGAGAUCGGGACAGAGGGGAAGCUGUUGUUGCUGGCGCGAGAGGACAAGAAGCUGGAGGGAGUCAGUCUACAGAGCCGCCAGUCUGUUUUUGAAUUCGAUGGAUCCGAUGCCUUUAACUGCUGCACUUUCCUUUCCAGUCUGAUCAUCCUGGGAGGGAGUCAGGACGGCAGCAUCUACCAGCUGGAUAUCCGGAACACCAAAGUCCCUGUACAGACCGUGUGCAAGUCUGGAGCUCCUGUGUUAUCACUGACGCCAUUCAGAGAAGGUUUCAUCGCCAGCCAAGGAGACGGGACCUGCUUUAUCAUCCAACAAGACUCUGAUCACCUGUUAGAGCUCACUGAGCCGGACUGCGAUCCUGUGUAUAAGAUCGCAGUCUCCGAGAAGCUGGUUUACACGUGCUGCAGGGACGGGAUCAUCCGCAAGUAUCAGCUGGUGGAUCUCUGACUGUUGGGGCUUAUUUGGGAAUUGCCCGGCUUCUUGUAUCCUUCCACCUCAUCAAGGGAUUCUUUUGCUAAAAGGGUUAAUGGUCCAGUGGGUCCGAAAUUGAAAAACCUAAUAACUUCCAGCAGGUUGUCAGCCUUGGUAGAAGCAGUAAAACCGCCCGGCGCUCUACUUUCAGAGCCGCUCAUAUACUGACUCACUGAUUACUGUCCCAUUCAGCAUGGAGCUUGGAUAUAUACAGGAAGACUUCAGUUACCGUGCCCGGGCUGCAGGGUGUUAAUAUGCCGCUAAUCUGGGAACCGCCAGAACUGGAAUCUGAGCGGGAACUGUCAGGUCUGGCCUGCCUCUGCUGGAGCUGAGAAAUAAUGAAAACCUGGCCUGCUGGUGUUUGCUGUUGUUGUACGAAGUUUAGGAAAAAGCUUUUCUAAAUGAGUUAAAAUAAUAUUUUAUUUUUAUCAUUUAAUGUUCUAUGCACGUAACAGAAAAACAAAAAGUGUACAGCAUUUACUGGCCUACAAUAAAAAAAAACACAUUUUC